CGCCUAUUCGGGGAGAUACCCCAACGAAACAGUGUUGAAUGUUUCCACUCCCCAAGGAAGCAAAUACAGCUUAUACCUAGGCGUCGCAUUGGCCAUCGGUUCCAGUAUCUUUGUGGGUUCCAGCUUUAUUCUGAAGAAGAAGGGCCUUUUGCAAAUGGCCGCAAAAGGUUUCACUAGAGCUGGAGAGGGGGGCUAUUCUUACCUCAAAGAAUGGUUAUGGUGGGCAGGAUUGCUUUCAAUGGGAAUAGGAGAAGCUGCCAACUUUGCUGCAUAUGCCUUUGCUCCCGCAACUUUGGUCACUCCAUUGGGGGCACUAAGCGUCCUUAUAAGUGCAAUAUUGUCUUCCUAUUUCUUGGAGGAAAAGCUCAACAUUCAUGGGAAGCUGGGCUGUGUGUUAAGCAUUCUGGGUUCCACCGUGAUGGUGAUCCAUGCUCCUGAGGAGGAACUAAUCACGUCAUUGGAUGACAUGGAAACAAAACUGAAAGACCCAGUCUUCAUUGUGUUUGCUUCUGUUGUAAUUGUGACCUCACUGGUACUUAUUUUUGUCGUCGCUCCACGGUUUGGACAGACCAAUAUAUUGGUCUACAUCUCCAUCUGUUCACUGAUAGGGGCCUUUUCCGUCUCCUCCGUCAAAGGCCUGGGUAUCGCUAUUAAGGACAUGCUUUAUCAGAAGCCAGUCUUUCGAAAUCCGCUGCUCUAUGUUUUGACCGUAGUUUUGGUGCUGGCCGUAAGUACUCAAAUCAACUACCUCAACAAGUCAUUGGAUGUGUUUAAUACGUCUCUGGUCACUCCCAUUUAUUACGUGUCCUUCACAACCACCGUGGUGAUUUGCUCCGUUAUCCUCUUCAAAGAAUGGAACAGCAUGGAGCUGGGAGAUAUCAUUGGAACCCUGAGUGGAUUCUUCACCAUAAUCAUUGGCAUUUUCUUUCUUCACGCUUUCAAAAAUGUCAGCAUUACCUGGAACCAAUUGGCAGCAUCUGUUAAAAAGGACCCCAACUUGCCUCUGCAUGCUUACGAGUCUCAUCACACUUUAUUAGAAAAUAUGGACGCUCCCGUUUCGAUAUGCGACGAGGAUAAUACUCUGUUCAGCCGAGGAAAUGAACGACAGUAACUGCCAUUAAAAGUUGUCUCUCGCGCAGCUUACCGCCAACCAGAGCAAUGUCGUCAUCUUCACUACCUCAGAAUUUGUGGGGGGAAAAGCCGGAACAUGUCAUUUGCUUUUGGGUUAGAAAAGGAAAUUAGAUCAUUCUGGUAUUUCUGUAUUUUCCACCUUUGACAGCAUGCAAAAGUCGCCUUAAGUGAUGAUUAUGGUUUGUUAGUAAAGUGAAUUACAUAUGUAUUUUCUAAAUCGUAUUUUAUAGUUUCACUGUUUCAAAAUGAGAUUUUUGCUGAGGGCUAAAUGAAUAUAUUCUGUGACA